AGCCCCGCGCCCACCGGUGCAUGUGCACCGCCCCGCUCCAGUACCGUCGCCCGCCCGCUGCACCGCCCGUUGCACCGCCCGUUGCAGCGCCCGUUGCAGCGGGGUCCGGGUCCGGAGGCGAGGUCAGGCCGCCGAGGGCAGAGGUUGUUCUGCGAUGAUGACAGCAAGGUACAGGCCCACGUGGGACUUGGCCCUGGAUCCUCUGGUGUCCUGUAAGCUCUGCCUUGGGGAAUAUCCUGUGGAGCAGAUGACAACGAUAGCACAAUGCCAGUGCAUCUUCUGUACUCUGUGCCUGAAACAGUACGUUGAACUUUUGAUCAGAGAAGGACUAGAAACGGCAAUUAGCUGCCCUGAUGCUACCUGCCCCAAACGAGGCCACCUGCAAGAAAACGAGAUCGAGUGUAUGGUUGCAACCGAAAUUAUGCAGAGAUAUAAAAAGCUACAGUUUGAAAAAGAGGUGCUCAUGGACCCCUGCCGGACCUGGUGCCCGUCUUCGACCUGCCAGGCAGUCUGCCAGCUCCAGGAGGCGGGGCCCCAGGCUCCCCAGCUCGUCCAGUGCCAAGCUUGCCACCUGGAAUUCUGCUCUGCCUGCAAAGCCAGCUGGCACCCAGGACAAGGCUGCCAGGAAGCUAUGCCAAUCACUUUCCUGCCAGGAGAAACAAGGUACUGCCCUCGUAUCCAUAACGAGGACAGGGUGAGAGGGGCACAAGGAUCCAUCCUCCAGAUAAUCAGUCCAUCAACAGUAUCGGUGGCACAACUGCCGUGUGGUGAGAGCUGUACUAAGCAUGUGGGGGGUCCCCAAGAGUUAGUAGACAAUCCCUACCCUAAAGGAGCUUACAGUCCUCUGGGGGAGCCAGAAAUGAAAUACAUCGCUGAUAGGAGGAAGUAAUUAGUAGAGAGGACAGAAGCGCUCUGGGGGCUGUGAGUACUUAAGUGCUUGAGGGCCCAGAGGUACUGAAGUGGCGUUAGAAGGGAAAGAAGGUGGAGAGAUAAAAGAUUAUCUGGGGAGGACUCCUGGGGGUAAUGUGAUUUCAUAAAGGGAAAUCGUUACGGAAGGGAAGCGGUGUGGCCUAAUGGAAAGAGCAGAGGCUGGGAGUCAGAAGA